GACAAGUCCAGUUCUGAGUGCUCGAGAACACAUCCUACAGAACCCGAGCACCUCGUCUCCAUCCCAGAAGAGCAGUAUGUAGGCGAUGGAACUGAGGAACCAGUGCCCCUGCUGCCACACGCCCGCUACAGGGACGCAGAGACAAUCACAGAUGUUUGUAACAGCACAGAGCUCCCUGAGGUGGAGAUUAUCAGUCUGCUGGAGGAGCAGUUGCCGAUCUACAGGCUGAGGGCUGACAGUGUGUAUGGCUAUGAGCAUGAUGACUGGAUCCACACGCCUCUCAUCUCUCCCGACACAUGUGUAGAUCUCACCUCUGAGCAGAUUGAGGAGACCCUCAAAUACUUUUUACUAUGUGCUGAGCGAGUGGGCCAGAUGACUAAGACCUACAAUGACAUUGAUGCUGUAACAAGACUUCUGGAGGAGAAAGAGAGGGACCUGGAGCUUGCAGCCCAGAUCGGUCAGUCCCUCCUGAAGAAGAACCGAGUUCUGUCCGAACAGAAUGAAUACCUGGAGGAACAAGUUGGCACCAUCAGAGAGGAGGUGGCUCAACUGCACCAUGAGUUAAAUCUGAAAGAUGAACUUCUGCAAUUCUACACGAAUGCAGCAGAGGAGAGUGAAGAGGCGUCUGGAUUGCCCACGGGUCAAAAGGGCAGGGCAGGAGUGUCUGCUCCUGGUGGUUCCUCUCUGGACAUCCUGCAUCAGAAACUUCGAGACCUGGAGGAAGAAAACCUGACUCUCAGAUCAGAGGCGAGCCAUCUGAAGUCUGAGACGGAGUCAUAUGAGGAGAAAGAACAGCAGCUGGUGAAUGACUGUGUCAGAGAGCUGAGGCAAUCCAGCAUCCAGAUCUCCACCAUAGCAGAGGAGCUGGCCAAAAAGACAGAGGACGCCUCUCGCCAACAGGAAGAAAUCACACAUUUACUAUCACAGAUAGUGGACCUGCAGAAAAAAGCCAAAACUUAUGCUGUUGAGAAUGAAGAACUUUCUCAGCAUCUUUCGGCAGCUAAAGAUGCUCAGAGACAGCUCACAGCAGAGCUGCAGGAGCUGGAGGAUAAAUACUCUGAGUGUAUUGAGAUGCUUCAUGAGGCUCAAGAGGAACUCAAGAACUUACGGAACCGCAGCGUGUCCGCAGGAACUCCUCGGCGCUAUCACCAUAUGGGACUUUUUCCCAUGGACUCCCUGGCUGCUGAAAUUGAGGGAACCAUGAGGAAGGAACUGAGUCUUGAAAAUCCUGAAAAUGAAGAGCAAAAGGUCUGUCAUAAACGUGUGUUUGAGACUGUGAAAAACAUCAACCAAUCAGUGAGACAGCGCUCUUCUGCUCAUCCUGCCGCUAACAUCCCUGGGUCCAAUCAGACGCUCUCCAGCCUUAGCUCCACCCUCUCUGACAGCAGUAGCAACAAUGUCGCCCCUGACAACCGUACACAGAGCAUGCUCCAGGAGACCGACUCCACGGAUGCUGCCGUGGACGCCCGUGAGAAGCGAACCGGCUCCGAGGAGCUCAAACUCGCUCUGCGGCGACUGUCUCUACGGCGGCAGAACUGCCUGAGCGAGCGACUCUUUUUCGAGGGGGAGAGGGAACGGCGUUAUCAGGAGUCAACGGAAGGUGGAGAUUAUUUCAACAGGAUGGUGCACAGCGAGAGCAUCAUGUCACUGGGUGCUUGGACCAGCCGCCCCUAUCUUCCUGACAAACUCCAGAUUGUCAAACCUCUGGAAGGUUCAGCUACACUUCAGCUCUGGCAGAAGUUAGCUCAGCCCAACCUGGGUGGUAUCCUGGAUGCUCGGCCUGGUGUGGUCCCAAAAGGCUUCCGUCCUCUGGAACUGGACCUGGAGGAAGUUUGUCACUACGCUGAUUGUGAGGAAGACGAGCCUGGAGAGCAGUACUUCCAGAAUCUUCCGACUACAACUACACCCAAUCCCAAUGCCCCCACUGGCCAUAGCCAUGCCCCCUCAGUGUCCCCAUCGCCCUGUCUCAGCACAGGCCUUGGUUCCAUAGAGUUCUCAAUGUAUUUCCCUGGCAAAUGCAUGGCUCAUACCAGCUCUACCUACACCUUCACCACCUGCAAAAUCCUCCAUCCUUCUGAUGAACUAACCAGGGUGACGCCCAGCCUAAACCCCGUCCCAACCUCAUCCUGUGUGAUGUCAAGCAGUCUUAGAUCGACACCCGCUGCCACACCCUGCACUCCUCGUCGAAUGAGUCUGUCCCAGUCUCAGUCCUUCACCAACCUGAGAGACUCCACCAAAACCUUCAGCACAUCUUUGGGGCUAGUGCGCCUCCUCCAGGAGAGGGGUAUUUCCGCCGCAGUGUACCAGCCUCAGAGCUGGGACAGAGGAAGUGAAGGAGUCCUCUUCUCCACCUCUGUUCUUCCUCCCCCUCCUCCAGACCACCAGCGACCCUCCACCCCACCCAACUCCCCCACCCGUCACACUCCCAGCCCAGGUGCUGGGGUUUCAGAUUCAGAAACCCUCUUCUCUUUCAAGAGUCCAACCUAUGAGAACUUUCUGGCUUCCAAACCGGCACGGUCCAUUUUGAAAGAGGUGGCGGGGGUGUCCGGGUCUCAGGCAAUAGACUGUGAAAGCCAAACUGAUGUGAGUAUGUACAAUCUAAACUUGGUGGAUAAGCUCAAAAGGUUGGGUUUGGCAAGUCCAGGGGCUUCUGGGGCUACAGGGGGAGGGAUUCCAAGGACAAGUCCACUUAUAGGUCCUCUAGGUGGGCUUCGGAGGGCAGGUUCACCCUUUAGUCCACUUAACGAAGGCAUGAGGAGGAACCGUAGCUAUCCUGCUAUGGUUGGGGCCAGUAUGGCGAUGAAGGGGCCCGGCCCUCAAGGGGACGAAAUGCUACUGGCUCCUAAACUACCCAAGCAAACAAGUCUCAAAUAAUUGAUUAUGCAUAAUAAUGAGUCACACAAUCACACAUCCCUGCAUUUAAAACACUGUAAAAUACUGUAUAUUAUACUAAUAAACAUACAGAUUCCUAGUAAAACAUUUUAAUAAACACUUUAAAACUUAUACACAUUCACUUAAACACUACUUAUAACACAUAUGCACACUCAAAUGGAAGUUUAAAAUAUUUUAUUGGUAACAAUUUACAAUAAGGUUGUAAACGCUAACAUUAGUUAAAGGGCUAGUUCACCCAAUUCCCUCGUCAUUUACCAGAUGUGUGACUUUCUUCUACUGAACACAAACAAAUAUUUUUAGAAGAAUAUCUCAGCUCUUUAGGUCCAUACAAUGCAAGUGAAUGGUGGCCAGAAAUUUGAAGCUCCAAAAAGCACAUAAAUGCAGCAUAAACGUAAUCCAUACAACUCCAGUGUUUAAAUCUAUGUCAAUCUAUAACUUCAGAAGCGAUAUUAUAGGUGUGGGUGAGGAACAGAUCAAUAUUCAAGUCCUUUUUUACUAUAAAUGUCCACUUUCAUUUUCACUUUCACAUUCUUCUUCUUUUGUUUUUGGCAUUUCACAUUUUUCGUGCAUAUCGCCACCCACUGGGCAGGGAGGAGAAUUUAUUGUAAAAAAUGAGUGGAAAUAUUUUUCUAAUUAUCUUUGUAUUCAGCAGAAGAAAGAAAGUCAUGCACAUCUGGGAUGGCGUGAAGAUGAGAAAAUGAUGAGAGAAUUUUCAAUUUUGGGUGAACUUUCCCUUUAACACUAUAGUUAAUGUGAAAUAAAAAUACUUUUACAGCAUUUAUAAAUGUUGGUUAAUACUUAUUUCUACAUAUAGUAAUACAUUUAUAACAUUUAAAGUUGUAUAUUAACAUUAGUUAAUGCACUAUGAACUAACAAUAAUGCUAUAAAUUAACAUUAGCCAACAUUAAUAAAUGCUGUUAAUUAUUGCUAAUUCCUGAUUCCUAAUGCAUAAACUAAUGUUAAUGUAUACAACCUUAUUGUAAAGUGUUUUCAUUUUAUCCAAACAGAUUUGUCGUCUACACACUAACUGCCCAGUUUUGCCCUGUACAAUCUUGUGUAAAAUAUUCUGGUACUAAUGGUAAUAUCACUACUAUAUUGCUUUGAUUUUAACCUUUGACCUCACUUUGAUAUCACUGCGCACAUGCAGGAAGGAAUAAUCCUUUGGGAGAAAAGCCAAAUUAACUGUCAAUCACAUCUGCUGUAUGAUUAAAUCACUGUAAAUUAUGACAAUUUUCAGUGCAGUUAGCAGACUUGAGUUGUAGUUUUCCAUGUACGUAGUGAGCUUAUGACUCACAGUUCAUUGUAAGAACAUUUCCCGGAUAUAUUAAAGCAUGACAGAUAUUGAUCUGGGAUCAGUGGUGUUUUCUCACUGCUUUGGGGGUUGUGACUCUAGAAACGUUUUCUCCCCAGGUGCCUGCUGGUAUUUGAAGGGUGACAUUCACACAGCAGAGACUGAUGUAUUGAUGCUGGUGUAGAGAGAAUGUAGGUUAAGAUUAAAGAUGCAUCUCACCACACUCUCAACCCUUUUCCUCUGUUUGUCUCUUCCUUUGACUCUACCAUGGGUCUUUCUUUCUUAUGCAGAUGAGUCUUUAAUAAUUAAUUGAUAAUGGUAGCUUUUGACUUGAUGAAUGGGUGAAUGAGUUAAAGUUUGGCUAGAUAGAUGAAUAGGUUUAAAAAAGGGCAACAUUGGAUGUGCUGCUGUCUUGCUGGUUUUCUGAUAAGCAGCAAGUGCCUGUAUUUAAGAUCUGUGUCCUCUGUUAAGCCAGUGUUGUACUGAAUGAAUCAUUUAAGAACCUGUUGAGCAAUUUAAAGUAGACUGAGCACUGAGCAAUUGUAUUGAACUAUUUAAUUCAACUUUUUUGUUCAUUCACAUUCUUGAAAUUUGCACUUCAAUGUUCCUAAGUACAGUUUAAAACUACUGUCUGUUUCAUUAAGUUAGCUACAUAAUAUUCAUUUGAAGUUGUUCAGUAUAUGUAUCUCAGUUUUUGGGGGGGCUUUUUGCUCUCAGGUAAUGUUACAGUAGCAAAAGCAUUAGUGACUACCCACUAUUUUUUUUUAUUAUUAUUUUGUUUUCAAAUAAAAAAUACUUAAAAUUGCAAUUUCUCACCUGUCAAUGUUCAGAGCUGUCGCUAGAGGGCACUGUGCACUCAUUCAUUGCUAUUUAUACGGUAACUGAACAAAGAUAGAUAGAUAGAUAGAUAGAUAGCAGGGGCGGUUCUAGA